GUUAGGCAUAAAACCUUUUUCACUUUAACAUGUAUGAGCCAUGCCAUCCACCAUUUGUUUUUUUACCAACCAAACUACUAAACAAUAGAGAUGGUGGUUCUCUAUCAGUAUAGAAGGAGCUGUUCACAGAUCAUUUUCUGCAUAACCUAUUAAAUUUAUUUAAUAUAAAGGGUCUAUAUGAUACGGUUGCACACCUAAUUAUAGGUAUGGCUUUUAAAGAUGAAGCUAAAACGGAUCAGCUUCAGGAAAUUGGUAUAAAAAAUUCAAAGAGUUUUCCAUUUAUUGGGACUAGUCUAGCUUCUAUGGAAUCUUUGUCCAUGCCAUUGGUUCAGGAGGUUGUUCUUUCUGCAGAUAUUAAGUCUGAAGAGUGCCGGAUGAGGGUUAUUGACAUUAUUACAAAAAUGAAUGUAAAGAUAACAGAACAACAAGAAUGAUAAAGAUAAACCGAAGAGGCGAAGAUGUAACCCAAAAAGGGAGUUAGUUAAAGAUGGUGGAUGAAAAUAAUUUUCGGUGCUGCAUUUGUAAGUGUUAAGUGAUGGUGUAUUUAUAGGCUCAUAAUAUAUGACCGUUUAAUGAUAAGAUUAAAUCUGAUAGUGGUAUAAUGGAAAAUUUAAUGGUGGAAAAUUUGGGGAAGAUAUUGAGCAACUAUCCUUUAGUGGAUUUUAAAAUAAAAAAUAAAUUGGUCAAAGUAGCUAAAUUGAAACCAAACAUGUUUGCCCAAUCUCUUGUGUGCACAAGGUAUUUUUUAUUUCUAGCUUGAUUAAAAGUCUAUGUCACACAAUAUAAAGGCUUUAAUGUUCACAAAAUCAUUCAAUGUAGGACUUGCAACAUUUGAAAUAUCUUACACUCGUUAAAAACAUAAUAAUCUCAGAUAUUUCAAAAAUUCAAACAAAAAAACUAAAAAAAGAUUUUCUUGGGUUAACAUAAAUGAUGUAAUGUAUCAUAUAUUUAUAACAAGCUAUGCAACCAGACUUGGAAGGGUAAAACUUAACAAAAGAAAAAUUAGUAUAACAAUCUAUGUAAGUCAAAAGAUUCAAUGUAGGUUACAAAUCUCUCAAUCACUUCACAUUCCCAUAAUUUUUGUUGUUACGAUGUUUUAUUCUAAAAGGUCAUUUAUGUAUUCGAUAUUCACGAGUAGUCUAUAGAUUUCGUCAAAAUCUCAUACAAAUAUUUCUACUUAAAACUAAUAUGUAAGCGAUCUCAUCAAGUGGAUGCUGCAAAUCAUACACCAUCGAUACAAAAUAUGAAAAUUGUUAAUAAUUUUAUACCUUAUCCUCUCAAUAAUAUAAACAUCUAAUAUUGACUCAUCAUAGAAAAUUGACAAAAUUAAAAUUAAUUUUUGUACUAGCAGAAUUAAGAAGUAAAAUAUUCUUAUCAUAUUGAACCUUCUUCAUGAGAUCUCUAAUCACACAUUGAACUCGCGUCACUUGUUAAUUUCAAUUGACUUAAACUUCAUUUCCCUUGAUGUUUCACAUAUUAAUAUCAUUUGUCGUCACUUUAUAAGAGAUAUAAUUGUACAUUUUUGCAAUUGUUUUGUCAUAUUAUGUCUCAAUUGCAUAUUUUUUGUUUUUACUCUUUUAAGAUUUAUUUUUUUCAACAACUAUUUCAAAUGAGA